AUGUCUGUUCCUACAUUCCUUUUCUUCGUACUUGUUGCGGCCAUGGCCGCUUACUGGCACACCGACGUGUGCCAGCUUGUUGGAUGUGUUGUUGUUUCGUUCGCCCUGGCGGUCGCGGGGAUUUGCUCCAUGAGCAGUCCCCGUGCAUGGGUGUUUGGUUUGCUGCAGACUGCAGCAGUGUUGGUGGUCACACCAACAGAAGACGUUGAUUUCUCGGCCAUUGAGGCCGAGUCUGGAAGAAAUGAGAGGCUGAGAAGCCAGGUGGGAGUUUUGGAGCAGCAGCUCCGUGGCACGGAGGCACGAGUUCGUGAUUCCGAGAUAGCCCGGGAGACUGAAAAGCAACGCCACGAGAAGGAGGUCCGACAGUUGGACGUUCAGCUGGCGACGGUCUCCCGGGCUAUCAAGGAAUCCCUGCGCGCGAAGGAUCAGGUCAUCGUCGAGUGCCGCCAGUGGCGGCGCAAGUUCGAGGACCUGGAAUACCUACAGCAUCAGGCCCAGAUUAAUCCCGUUCGCGGGAUUAAGGGACGUCCUCGUUGGGCCCCGGCCAAAAAAUACGGAGUGGCGAUUGUCAAUGCGGCGUGGGAGUCGAAGCUGGUCGGGUUCGAGAGCGAGGCCCGAGACUAUGUGGCCCGCACAACUGACCAGCUUCGGUCUCUUCACGACGCCGCCACCGCGCUCAGCAAUGACAACGCAUACCUCCGGCAGCAGAUCCAGGCGAACCCCGACAUCCCCCACGAGCUGGCCCAGCAGCAAGUGCGGGAUGCCGAGAGACGCGUGAUGGAGUUUGCCGACCAGCAGCAUGAGGAGCGUGUCAAUUCGCUGAAGCAGACUUAUCUCAAGGAGCUGGUGGCAGCCAAGGCCGACUACGAGGGGAAACUGGCGAAGGCAACAUCGGAGUUCGAGGCAAAGGCAGAGACCGCGCUGGCCCAGCAGCGUGAGGUGGCCGAGAGAGCGGCGCAGGAAGCGGCCUCCCUCAAGGACCAACUUGCCGCCAAGGAAGCGCAGCUGGGCGAGCUGCGGACUGCCAAUGCCGAGAUCACCGAUGAGCUUCAAGCGAGGAAGGAAGCACACGAGCAGCUUGACGACGAGAUGCAGAAGGAAACCGACCGAGUCGUCAAGUGUGUGCAGCAGAGGGACGGCUACAUAAGGGCCGGCAAGAAACUGCAGGCGAAGUACGACGCACUGCAGGCCGAAAUGAUCGAUCUUGCGAGUGAAAGGAAGGGACUUGAGGAUGAGAUCCAGGUCCUGAAUAACACAAUUCGGGACCUGGAUGACGCAAACCACCAGCUAGCUGAAGACGGAGAGAGAUUCCAGCAGCGCGUCGAAGAGUUGGAGGGCCACAACCGAGUUCUCCUGGAUCACAACGCAGAGGUCCUUUGCCAGACUGUGACGUCGGAUAUGCAACUCCAGGAGGCUCGGGACAGAGUGAGCGACCUAGAGCACCAGGUGGCAGUUUUCCAGACGGCGGAGGCAGCGGAUAUUACGAAAGCGCAUGUCCCGUUGGUCACCCACGCUCCUCUUAUGAAUUCUUCACCAUACCGCUCGUUUGCCGCUCGGCCAUUGAUGCUGAGUCUGGCCAAGCUUUUCAUCGUCGCCAUAUCGCAAGUUCCUUUCACCACUGCUGCGCCUAUUUUCUCACCUCUUUUUCUGUCAUCCCGCGACACAGAACCACUAAAGGAACCGAGCGAUCCGAGUUUAUGGCUUAACUUAGGAUUUUCAGCUGCUCUUGUGUUGAGCGGUGGAGCAUUUGCGGGUCUUACGAUUGCCUUGAUGGGACAGGAUGAAGUUUAUCUCCAAGUCAUCAAGACAUCCGGCGAAGGGCACGAAAGGAAAAACGCUACUAGCGUUCUCAAACUCUUGAACCACGGAAAACAUUGGGUUCUUGUCACGCUCCUCCUCAGCAAUGUGAUCACAAAUGAAACCUUACCUAUCGUCCUUGACCGAACACUCGGUGGUGGUUGGCCGGCAGUGCUAGGAAGUACUGCUUUGAUUGUCAUCUUCGGCGAGAUUGUUCCACAGUCGAUUUGCGUUCGUUAUGGUCUUCCCAUCGGUGCCUGGAUGGCACCUUGCGUCUUGGUCUUGAUGUAUAUCAUGUCCCCAGUGGCCUGGCCAAUCGCAAAAUUGCUGGAUAGGCUGCUUGGAGAGGACCAUGGUACCAUCUACAAAAAGGCCGGAUUGAAAACACUCGUCACACUCCACAAAACCUUGGGCGAAGCCGGAGAACAACUCAACUCCGAUGAAGUGACCAUUAUCAGUGCAGUUCUCGACCUCAAAGAGAAGUCGGUAGGGAGCAUCAUGACACCAAUGGAAGAUGUCUUCACUAUGUCUGCCGACACUGUCUUGGACGAACGCACGAUGGACCACAUUCUUUCCCAAGGAUAUUCCCGCAUUCCCAUUCACGCCCCUGAGAACCCGAUGAAUUUUGUUGGUAUGCUCCUUGUCAAGAUGCUCAUCACAUAUGACCCGGAAGAUUGCAAACGUGUCCGCGAUUUUGCCUUGGCUACACUUCCUGAAACUCGCCCUGAAACCAGCUGCCUGGAUAUUGUGAAUUUCUUCCAAGAGGGCAAGUCCCAUAUGGUUCUUGUCUCUGAAUAUCCUAGUGAGGAUCGUGGCGCUCUUGGAGUUGUCACCCUGGAAGAUGUUAUUGAAGAAUUGAUCGGAGAAGAAAUCAUUGAUGAAUCUGACGUCUUCAUUGAUGUCCACAAAGCCAUCCGACGAAUGACACCUGCACCUAAGUCUCGUGUCGCUAAAGGCAAAAUCGUCGAAGAGCCUCCUUUGAACGCCUCUGUUAUCACCGAUGGCGACUUGAUUGACCUGGAUUCCACACAACAAUCAUCUCUCCCCAAGCCUUCCGACUUGAUUCGCCGCCGCAGUUCCGUGGAAGCACCGCUUCCCCGCUUUCAACUUCGCAAAACCAAUCCCGAUAUCAAUCCCGACUCGGCAAAUGACUGGGUCACACAAGUCGGCACCACAGAUGAGAUUCGAGAACACCUCAAACAUCUUGGUCCCUCUAACCUGGCCAGUAGGCCGCGCCAAACCCGUUACCAUGCCGUCAAGAUCAAGCGCAACAGCAACUCUCCGUCCCGUUCUGCACAAACCGACUUCGAGUCCGGACAAAGCAUCUCCGAGUCCCAAAAACUUAUCCCUUCUUCUACCGGAUACCAAGGUGGCAUAGGCGCGGGCUUGCUCAACUCCGCUGGAACAGACGCCAAGGAUGGUGCAUAUGCUCUCAAAAUUGGCUACGGCACCAUGACUUCGCAGGACAGUGUGAGCAAAGGCACCGGUGCUCAGCAAUAUAAAGACCUUCCCCAAGUCUCCAUUCCCGAGGCUGUUCGUGAGGAACAUGAAGAUCAACCGUGUUCUGGGUCGACGCGGAAGGCUAGUAGUGACGAAGGCAGUGUUGAAUCGUCUGGUACACCAGGCUUUAUUUACCACCACCGCGGACCGGCGCGCAGUGGAAGCAUCACAGAACAGAUCGUAGAUGUCAAUGGUAUCCGCAAAGUUGUUCUUCAUGCAAAUUGCUCCAGUUCUUCAGAAGGUGAAUCACAUCCAUCAGGCCGUCAUCGCCAUCGCGACCAUCACCAUACCAAUGGUGCCGUCCUUGAUACGGACGACGCAAAAUCAGAAAACCCCGACAGUGGCCACGCAAAAUCCAAAAAGAAGCGCCGCCGAAAGAAGCAUGGCAAAGCUUCAAAGUCUGAUGGCGGUCCCUCAGAGGACCAGCCGUUACUUCGAUAA